AUGACGUCGACACCGACUCCAUCAAAGAACGAAAAGCAAGAAAAUGUAUUUGUAAGUUUUGAAUAAACUAGAAGUCUUAAUCUGCUUUAUAAAUAUUUUCAGUUGACCGAAAAGAAUGAUUUGACAAAACUAAAAUUUUACCAUGGAGUUCAAACAAAAGAAGACGCUCAAAAAAUAUUGAAAGAUUUUCCAAUCGGUUACUAUCUGAUUCGCUCGUCAUUUCUCAAAAACGAAGUUCGUUUGGUGCUUUUUCUAAGUGUCAAAGUAACCGACAAAGAUCUAAAUGCUCAUCAUUAUUUGAUUGAAUCAAAAGGAAGUGAUUUUGUUAUUCAUCAAGAAGUUGUCGAUGAAAAUGCCGAAAAGAAAACUGUUGUCUCACCUCCCUUUAAAGAUUAUGAUGAAAUGGCAAAAUAUUUUCGAUUACAUCGAAUGGCUUCAGGUAUUCGAUUGUGUCGCCCAGUUUAUCGACCAAAAUGGCAACUUCGACAUUCGGAAGUGAAUUAUGAAGAUGCGGGAAAACUAGGAUCUGGCAAUUUUUGUCAUGUUUAUCGUGGAAAAUUAACAAGAUCCAGUACAAAAGAGGAAGAUGUUGCGAUAAAAGUGUCAAAAACAACUGAAAAUGAUUCGGCAGCUUUGAUGGAAACAAGAAAUGCAUUAUUAGCUGAAGCAAAAAUAAUGAUAACAUAUAAUCAUUCAAAUGUCAUCAAAUUAUUCGGCAUCGCUUGCGAUCAUCCACCAUUUAUGGUUUGUAUGGAAUUUUGUAUUGGUGGAAGUUUGGAAAGUGCACUUUUGAAGUAUGGAAAUGAGAUGGAGGAAUUCGAAAGACAGACAUUAUUGAUUGAUGCGGCACGGGGAAUGAGAUAUUUGCAUGCGCAGAAAUGUGUGCAUCGAGAUUUGGCGUCGAGAAAUUGCUUGAUUUCAUCUGAUGGUUUUGUCAAAAUUGCCGAUUUUGGAUUGAGUAAAACACUUGGAGCAAAUGAAACUGUUUUCAAAGAAGCUCUUAAAGAAGCGCCAUUAGUGUGAGUUUUUGAAAAUUUUCGAAAUUUCUUUUCGAAAAAAAAAGAAUGCUAUGCUUAUUUUAUAUCACAAAUCCUCGAUUUUCUCCAGUGCCACGUGGAUUUCCUAACAAAAAAUUUUCUGUUAGAAAAUUUCAAUUUUGAGCUGAACUGAGCUUCUAAGCUUUGAACUGAGCUCCUGAACUCUGAACUUAGCUUCUUAACUUUGAACUGAGCUUCUGAACACUCUUAACUGAAUUUGAAAUUUACGAAAAUUCUACAAUUACUGAAAUUUACGAAAAUUCUACAAUUUACUACUCCUUCCUAAAAUCAUUUUUUUAUAGUUGGAUGGCUCCAGAAUGUGUUCAAAAAGAAUCGGAAUUUUCAAUAAAAAGUGAUGUUUGGGCAUUUGGUGUAUUGAUUUAUGAAGUAUAUUUCAAUGGUUUAAAACCGUUCGCUGAUGAAAAAGACACUGGAAUUGUUGUCAAAGCAAUUCGACGCGCAAAAAUGCCAUUAAUCGAAGAAAAAACGAAAGAACCAAAAAUGAACCACGUGUUAUCAUCAAUUUGGAUACGAAAACCAGAAGAACGAGCAGAUUUUCAAAAAGUAUUAGAACUAUUAGUUGAUGCACUUGUUGUCGCAAAUAUGGCGGAUGUGAAAAAAAUGCAAAUCAAUAAAUUGGAUGGGGUAAAUCGCAAAAAGUUGCCGAAUAUUGAGACGGAUAAAGCAGAUGAAAUUGCGAUGGCUUUUAGUUAUAAUGAAGCAAAUGAUUCGGGAAGAAAUAGUCGAAAAAGGGAGAAAACAUCGAGAAGAAAAUCGAAGAGAAGAGGAGAAAAUACGGCGAAAACUGAGACAAGAGCAACAAGAACACCACAAACAUCCAAUACGAAAAUUCGAAAAUCUCCAACUACUUAA